AUGGCAACAAUCGCAUUCCCUGACGACUCAAAGGUGGUAAAAUUACCUUCAGGCGCAAAUUACAGUUACGCCCACAUUCCAGCUAAGGCUCAAAACCCCACAGUCCUCUUCCUUCAUGGCUUCCCUUCCAGCAGCUUCGACUGGCGCCAUCAAGUCACGUAUUUCUCCUCCCACGGAUUUGGUGUGAUUGCUCCUGAUCUGCUUGCAUAUGGGGAAACUGAGAAACCCACCACUCUCGCCGAUUAUCGCGGCAAGAAGAUGGCAGCGGAGAUCAACGAGCUUCUCGAUCACGUGGAAGUCAGCAAAGUCCAUGGAGUUGGUCAUGAUUGGGGCAGCUUCAUGCUUUCUAGAUUCGCAAACUACUACCCUGAGCGAUUUUUUAGCUGCUCAUUCCUUGCCGUACCAUAUAUAGCCCCAGGGCGAAGUAUGAGCGCCGAUCCUAUCAAUGUAUUAACCAAGCAGAAGCUGGGCUACGAAAUGUAUGGCUAUCGGAAGUUUUUUGAGAAGGAAGAUGCUGCUCAGAUAUUGAAAGCACAUAUUGAGUCCUUUCUGUCGCUUUUGUAUCCAGCAGAACCUUCUAUUUGGAGGGAGCACAUCGCCCCACUCGGGGCGGUCGAAGCUUUCGCAACAAGUGAUCGGAUAGAAAAGAGAGGUGCAUAUGUGACUGAUGAGGAAAUGGCCACGCACCGCAGAAUCAUGAAGGAUGACUACGGUCCUGCAAUGAACUGGUACAAAUGCGCAGGUCAAGACCUUAAUCUCCCAGAUGAGCAAAAUGGACAGCCAGAUCCAAAAUUGGACAUGCCUGCCCUCAUGAUCGUGGCGAAAGAGGAUCCUCUUUCCAAUGCCUUGGCUAUCAAUGCGAUGAGGGAGCAUGUAACGAACUUGAAAGUUGUGGAAUACAAGAGUGGGCAUUGGGUACAAAUAGAGAAGAAAGAUGAGGUGAAUAGUACGCUGGAGGAGUUUUUCAGAAGCCUUUGA